CUAGCCUGGCAACUCGUCUAGCUCAAUCAUCCUUUUACUUCUAUACCCCCCUUUGACUCAUUCCUUAUCCCUUCUCCCAUUGACGACUUUCGUCAAAAUGCUUUUCCUCUUGGCCUGGUUGCCGUUUUUUCUUCACUCUGUUGUUCAAACAGUGUCAUCCGCGAGGGUUAUCGGACCUACUACUUCAGGCCCUACAGUGACCGUCUCUGAAAAAAUAACGGCAACUUGGAGUCUCGAUGCGGGGGACUCUACUCUAUCUCAAGGCUUCUCUAUGGUUCUCGUCAAUGACGCCGCCGGUAAGGCAAUUGAAUGGUCUACAACGGUGAAUCCCUCCGGGAAAAGCAUUGGCGCUAUACAUCCCAUUCCGACUGCUACAGGGUACGCCCCCAAGCUGUGUUCUGUCAUUAUCCCACUAUGUCAAAUCGUUUAAUGCGUCAUGAUCGUCCAGGGUACAUCGCGUUGAGAUCUUAGUCUUUGGAAACUCGUACGCGAUAUUUUUACAACAG